AUGGAACAGGGCAAUGUCACACAAAUUUCAGAAUUUCUUCUUCAGGGUUUAUGGAAGGAACCAAAACUGCAGCCUUUCAUAUUUGGGCUUUUCAUCUCUAUGUACCUGAUCACUGUAUUUGGAAACCUGCUCAUCAUCCUGGCUGUAAGCCUAGACUCCCAUCUCCACAUGCCCAUGUACUUCUUCCUCUCCAACUUGUCCUUUGUGGAUAUCAGCUUCACCUCCACCACCAUCCCAAAGAUGCUGAUGAAUAUACAGACAGAGAACAAAAUUAUAACCUACAAAGGUUGCAUCACCCAGAUGUACUUUUUCAUGCUCUUUGCAGGGUUGGAUGACUUUCUCCUGACCGUGAUGGCCUAUGACCGCUUUGUGGCCAUCUGCUACCCCCUACACUACACAGUCAUCAUGAAACCCUGGCUCUGUGGACUGCUGGUUCUGGUGUCCUGGAUGAUAAGUGCCCUGAAUUCCUUGUUACAGAGCCUAAUGGUGUUGUGGCUCUCCUUUUGUACAGAAUUGGAAAUCCCACACUUUUUCUGUGAAAUCAAGCAGGUGGUUCGACUUGCUUGUUCUGACACAUUUCUUAAUGAUAUGGUGAUGUAUUUUGCAGCUGGGAUGUUGGGUGGUGUUUCCCUCACUGGGAUUCUUUAUUCAUAUUCUAAGAUAGUUUCCUCUAUACGAGGAAUUUCAUCAUCUCAAGGGAAGUAUAAAGCAUUUUCCACCUGUGCAUCUCACCUCUCAGUUGUGUCCUUAUUUUAUUGUACAGUCUUAGGAGUGUACCUUAGCUCUGCUGGUACCCACAGCUCACACUCAGGUGCAGUAGCCUCGGUGAUGUACACCGUGGUCACACCCAUGCUGAACCCCUUCAUCUACAGCCUGAGGAACAAAGACAUAAAGAGGGCUCUGAGAAGAAUCACGUGGCCAAUUUUCUUAGGACUGAAGAAGUGCUCAUGA